GACAAGUCAAUGAGGAUGUUCUGCUCGUUCCCAGUGAAGAAAGGGAGAAUCAUUAUUACAUUGUUAAUAUGGCUGUUCUUGUUUGCACUUGUUGCCAAGGCAAUACAGGGAAGAUCUGCAAACAUAUAGACUGGGGCAGUACUGUUUUACCAUCAGGAAACUACAGGGAGGUGAUUGAUAGUGACAGUAUACGCAGACUGUAUUAUUUUAUUGCUACAAAUGAGGAGCCUCCUGAAGGGUGGCUAGAGCCUCUGUAUUGCUCUCAGAAUGCAGGGGCUUCAAGUUCUUCGGAACGUUUGGAGCAAAUGGACACAGGUUUGCUCUGUGAAAGCCAAGAAGAGAUGCCAGAGACACUUCACAUGGAGACAGUUCCAGACAAUAGAAAUAAUAAUUUAAUCGACGAGAUAAAAGCUCGUCUCAUAGAUUUUUCAAAUAAAUCCCCUGAGGAAAUGAGGAAAGGCCUUGAAGUCAUGUGCGAAAAAUUGAGAAAGCUUAAAACGCCAUCUGCAUGUGCAUCUUAUUUGGCAAAUUUUGGUGAAGGAAAAUCUAGAAAAAAUCGUGGUAACUAUAUUCCCGUUCAGCCCACUGCAAUAAGCAGAAGAAAAAACAAGUUGGCAGGUCGCAGAUGUCAUCCGGGGGGAAGACAAAGACCACACUCUAAGCAAAGCAAGGAAUUUGUAAAGACAGUAGAAAUUUCUGAAAUGGCUACCUUUCCAUCACCAGCUACGCAAUCAUCCCAGUCAGCUUCAGACUUUUGAGGGUGCGUGACUGUUUACUGCAGCAUAGUGUGUAGGAUUUUCUUAAUCUGAGAUCCAACGUAAUGGAACUAUUAAGGGAAUGAUUGUAGUAAUUAAGUUUUUUCUUAAAGCUCAGGCCUAGCCUGACUGCUGAAAUAUAUUAAGUUUUUUUGUUGUAGCUCUGGUCUGACCCGAUUAUUCCCGGCGGGGUCAGGGAUUUUCUCUGCCUCGUGAUGACUGGGUGUUGUGUGAUGUCCUUAGGUUAUUUAGGUUUAAUUAGUUCUAAGUUCUAGGGGACUGAUGACCAUAGAUGUUAAGUCCCAUAGUGCUCAGAGCCAUUUUCUAACCCGAUUAUUGAAAUAAGUUUUUUCUUAAAGCUCAGACCAAACUUACUAUUGAAAUAUAGAAGUUCUUCUUUAAAUUGAGAUAUCCCAACAAUGUGGAUACUUAUUGUGUAUGUUGCACAAGU